UGAUCGCCUAACGUUUUAUUCUUGUUCUUGCACUAAGUAGACUUGAAGAAAUGAAUUCCUGGUGGCUUAUUUUAUUAUUUUCUGCACUGAAAGCUCAGGCGGGGUUGCAUCGACCCGAAGGUAUCGUAAAGAUAUUAUUCGAUACAAAGGCAGCGUGGAUGAUCUUUCCUUAUUUAGGAAAGAUUACCAAAUCAUCAUGAGAAUUCUAAAAAAAGAUCUCAGGCCUGUAUUAGUGGAAUGCAAACUGUAAAGAUGAAAAAAGAAAUUUGUUUUCUUUUUGCGUUUCAUUAGCCAGAAAUGUUCGUGCCUACUCUUCCAUCAAUAAGUCAAAAGGAUAUAUUUCGAAUGAAAAAUGAACAUAUGGAUUUCGAUAAAUGAAGAUAUGCAAGCUGGCAAAGCGGACUUCACAUUCAGAGAGAUAAUCGAAGGCUUUUUGUCCGAAAACUUCUUCACGAAAACAAUUUUUCAGUCACUAUGUAUCUCAAUGUGGAGUCUCUUAUUCGCUUUCUUUUCACAUUUAAUCACCCGAACGUUCGUCUCUCAGCUGUAAAAACUUGAUGAUUGGAGGAAUAGACGUAAGAAGAAAAGAUUGGAUCAUUUACACUUGAAAUCUAGCGAUAAAGAGCGUUCUUCAUGCCGAAAUGCUUAUGUAAUCGAUGAAAAAUCGCUUUUUUACAGAAAAUAUUGGUGUGGAGGAUAAACGUCUGUUUGAGGGUGACAUGAUCCUCACAGACGCUCAAAGGAUGGCGGCCGCUCUCGGAGAAGAUGUCAGCAAAGCAGGGCUGGGACGUGCGUCCAUCAGAAAGAACCUAUGGCCCGGGGCGGUUCUUGUGUAUGAGUUGGAUUCUGCAAUAAGUAGGUAGCGAUGCCUUAUUAAUUUGCUUUUCAUCGUCAGAAAAAUAAGUGUUUCAUCGUGAUGUAGACCUAGAAAAAAACCAGCAUUUACUUAACAUCGAGUUUUCAAGGUCCAUAACAUGAGUUUUAACAACUGCGCAGAAAAUAUAAAUUAUUUUGAAUAGGAAGGGACUUGAGUCAAUGACUCCAAUAUCUAUAACUGUAAUUUAGUUAUCUCGUGUUUUCCUGUGAAGCAAGGCCAAGGUAAAUUUGGAGCGAAACCUUAAAGCUCUUCGGCUGUUUUGCAAAAGAUUCGACUAGAAGAUGGAGAAAACUUUGGAAAGAUGUGGAAAAACCAAACAUUUCUAUAAAAGGGAAAUAAAAUUAAAAGCUGCAUGUGUCUUCAAUAAAGCGUUUUGGGUGAUAAGGGAACCAUUGGGUAGGCACGCUGGUUUUCAAAGGACCUGGGUUCAAAUCUCACCUGGAGUAUCUGUGCUGAGUUUCUUGGUGAUGCACUCCUCUCUCCAUGCAGGAGUGUAUUAGCACAAGUGGAAGAAAACCUGAUGCAAUGUUGAUGGGUAAUUGACCGAGUGUCCCAGCUGGGAGAAAUAACAAUUUCUGUAUGGGACUUGACUGCAGUAUAUGGCUUCUAAUUAAGGAGAGUUAAUGGAAACUCGCGAUCGCUAGCGCUUAUUCGACCAGCCUUGAUUGAUUUGGAGUUAGAGUGGAUGCGAUGUGGUGGGUGGAAAGGGCGGGGAAAGUCGAAAAGACGCCUGCCGAAGAGGCUGUUUCAAAAAAAGCGAACCACCCUCUUUCAAAAAAGAACCAAACCCUGCUCGGUGGGAGAAUAUAUUUUAGUGUUACGCGUCAAAACGUACAUUUCCACCGAAAAUGAAAAAAGCAACGUUUCGACCAACCAGGUCUGUUUCAAAAAACGUUUUCAACCCAGUUGUUAACACUAAAUUACCUGCCACCCUCUUAUUAGUUACGCGUCACUACAUUUCCGGAAAAUGAGCCAGUAACCAACCAAAAAUGAGUUAAUUUAAAAACCGGAAGCACUGUCUACGGAGAGCCAAUAGGGACUUUAAGCAACAAGAACGGGGACGGCGACGGGGACUCCAAAACCCGCAAAAAGACUGCGGAGAGAACGCCGUUGUGGCGGGAAUUUCUAAACAGUUAAGCAGCCGUUACAAAAACGCCGCUUAUGAUGUCUUUGAAAGAAGUCCGAAAUCAACUUUUGAUUGGCCACGAUGAUGGUGUGAUAAACGAUGGGGAACUUCUACUCCUGUACGAUUUAAACAGGUCCGAUAAUGUUGAUCUUCCGCACAACUCUUACCCUGGUUUUGACUUCAAUGAUUUGGAAGACGACGAGUGCCUUUCAGAGUUUCGCUUCUACAAGAACGACUUACCAUUUCUGACUGAAGUAUUGGAGAUUCCUGAGGUAGUGGAGUUCUAUCAAAGAAGUAUCUGUAGCGGAUUGGAGGCUCUUUGCAUUUUACUAAAGAGACAUAGCUAUCCUUGUCAAUAUUCAGACAUGAUAGCUUGCUUUGGGAAGCCUGUUCCAGUGUUAUGCAUUAUAAACAACUACAUGAUCGACUACAUCUACCAGGCACCCAGUCACAGAAUUUUGCAAUGGAAUGAUAGCAUCCUACAAAGUAAAUUGAAAGAAAAUAUUCUCUGUAGAUGUUUGUCGACUGGCGCGACAAAAUUCUUCAAAAUUGUGCUGGCAGAUAAAAAAGCCAAAACGGCUACAUAAGUCGUAGUGCUGUCUGCCCUUUUAAAUCUGUUAAGAAUAUCUUCUUUGUCAAACUGUUUGACUCUUGAGUGGUUCUCAGCGGCGAAUUUUCUAUUGGUAUCAGUCUGAGCCAAGCUUAUUUACAUUACAUUUCUUACUCACAUUUUCGUCAAAUGGUGUCGAUCUCGAUCAGCGUCUCGACGUUCCUGUUAAAAAACAAACCAUCAAAUUAAAGAAUAAUCUCACUUUAUGAAAGAAAAAAGCGAUGAAAGUUAUUUUAAAUUGUCUCCCGGGAAUAUUUAGCAUUUAUAUAGCAGAGAAGGCGAAAAAGAAUACUCACGUUGUCAGCCAACGUCAAAGUGACUCGUUUCACGUCGGGGCCGAACGCAGAACGUCAAACUUUUUCCCGCCAGUCAUGCGCAGAUGAUUAUUUGGAUUUUUCCUGAGAGCCUGCGGUCCCCGUCGCCGUCCCCGUUCUCGUUGCUUAAAGUCCCCAGUGAGUGAAAUAGGACUGAAGGCAGUUUUUUUCAGCCAGGAAAGAAAUGGAAAAAAAAAACCUCCUCUGCGAUCACAAGUAUAAGCUGACAUUUGCUUCUUUCUAUAUUUUCCAAACCACAAUCCUUCAGUGUAGCUGGUGUUAAUCUGUCUGACAAUGUUUCUUCCAUUUUUUACGUAAACGAUACUUUGAAGCGCACAAACAAAGGCACUCGAAGGGUUAUCCGACAUUCUUUGUUUGAUGCGAUCCCGCAUCUGAAAUAUCAAGCUUUUCCUUAAUUAUGUUCCGAUAAACACUUGAGAGAUUCUUCUAGUCCGUCUAUAGCCGCUUCAUGCCCGCGUGGGUUAAGUUUCUUCGAGAGCGAAAUCGAAAUUGACAAUUUCGUCUUUGACAAAGGUCACUAUCUUUUAUAUUUCCUGCAAGAGUGGUAUGAAGCAGUUUGGUUUGUAAUUGAGAUGGUAGAGCAAAACCAUACCAAUCGGAAACUCCCCCCACCGCUCCCCUCUCCCUCUUUUUGAUCUUUACUCAUCCCCUUGGUACAAAUUUAUUUCUCUCCCCAGCCCUCCGCUGCUGUAAAAAUCAAAGAUGGCAGCUAUAACUUUUACCAAGAUAGUGUUAAGCACUCGCCCGCAAAAAUUACGCUUGCUCUACAGGCUAGUUUGGGACAUCCAGGAAAGUUCAGUUAGCAUGGCCAACUUGAUUCGCACAGCAUUUUUUGCCUCGUAACCGAUAGAGAACUGAUGUUUAAUUUACUGUAUCUACAGAGAGAAGUUCUACAGCUAUGGCAGCAAUAAAUGCUGCCAUGAAUUUAUGGCGUACAAAGACUUGUGUGCAGUUUAAGAAAAAGACGACAGAAAGCGCAUAUGCCUAUUUUCACAUCGGUCGAGGGUGAGAAUAAAGGCUAAUUUUACAUGAAACUAUGUUAACCCCAUAAGGUGACCUUUACAUCUCAGAAAGAAGGAGAGCUCGUUUGAAAGAGAGAAAUUCUUGACCUUUUCUUUCCACUGACCGGAUGGGACAAGCAGAGAUCAGAAAAAUAGUUAUCAAAUAAAUGUUUAUCAUCACUGCCAAAUGCGCAAAAUUAUGUUCUCGAGAGCAUUCGUUAUUGCUGUUCGACUGAAUCCCUUUGAUAACCAUCUGCAGAAAUCAUCUGAUUAUUAGGUAUUUUGUUCAUUUUCUUUUAUUUACCAUGAUACUUUAAAAUGGUUUUCAGAACUUCCUUGUCAAAUAAUUAGCUGUAUUAACUGAAACAUCUCGAAGCUCCACCAUGGAAUAUUCUCGAAAAAUGUCUUGCUUUUGGGUGUAAUUUUUUUCCUCAGGUGUACCUCGUACGUGGGACGAACAGGGAGACGACAGAUGAUAUCGCUCGCUAGGGGAUGCUGGUACACACAUACUGUGGCACACGAGAUCGGUACGCUGAACAUGAACUCAAACUUCCUUUUGUCGAGAGAACAUUAACGCGUAGAUCUUUUGCGUAAGGUUAUCCUUCUUGAUGCUUCACAAGAAAAAAAAACAAUGUUUAAAACUUUUCAUAACUUCUGGAUGACUUCAUGUUAUCCUUAGCAAAAAGGCAGUACAGGAACAAGAGCGUUUAAUGUUGCAUAGCUGUAAACUAAGCAUGGAAAGUUACUACUCAGCCUCAAUAAAAUGUUUGGGGUAAAUAGAGUCCGUUUGAGUGUAAACUUUCUUUCUCAUAAAGAGCAGCUCAGAAAUUAAGCACUUGAGUUGACAAUGACAAGUGAAACGACUUUAAACCAAAUUAGAUUUCUAAGAGUGAUUGCAGUGACUAAAUUCGAAGCAAAUGCCUCUGAAAGGUGACACACGAUUUGCUGCGCAGUGUGUCCUGACAAUAGUGAACCAUAUUUACCAUUUUCCCCCUUCUCCUGUAGGUCAUGCGUUGGGAUUCUAUCAUGAACAGUCCCGCCCUGAUCGCGA